GUGCGCGCGUAUGCGUGUGUGCGCGCGCGCGUGCGCGGGGUGUGCGUUUGCGUGUGUGUAAGACAGAGAGGGCUCGCUGUGGACUUCGUGCAACCUACGUCUUAGAAUUCCGCCACAAGUUCAGGACCGGUCCUUUGGGUGCUGCCCACGCCUACGGGCCGGGAGAGGGGUCAGUGCGCUCGUGGACCCCGGAUCGCCCGGGAGAACGACGGCGCGCUGGUGUGAGGCUGGGUAGCGGGAAACCCGCGCGUUCCGUUCCGGUUUGGGGCGAGUCCCGAAGAGCCAAGUCUGCUUUCUCUCGGGGCAGUCCGACCUUUUUCUCAGGACUCUGCCCACUCCCACGAGAGAAAAAUUGAGGCGGAAAGCAUGGCCUCCACACGCCUGGCAGCCUGGCCCAGAGAACCUGUGAACUUUGAAGAUAUAGCACUGACAUUUACACCGAAGGAGUUGGCACAGAUGGAUAUUAAACAGAAGUCUCUGUACAGAGAAGUGAUGCUGGAGAACUACAGGAACCUGAUUUCAGUGGAGCGUCACCUUUCCAAGCCAGAUAUGAUAUCUCAGUUAGAGGAGGCGAAACACUUCUGGCAGAUGGAGAAAGACAUUCCUCAAGACACUUUUCCAGAAUGUCGUGGGGCUGCAGCAGACCCUCAAGUGAUGCUCUUUCCUCCUGAGAGUCCCCUAACGAACAUCAAAGUUGUUGAGGUCCUUACAUUGAACCAACAGGUAGCUGGUCCUCGGAAUGCUGAAAUUCUGGCCCUCUAUGCAGAAAAUGGGGGCGUGGCUCAAGGCAUCCUUACUGAGACAUCUCAACAGCUAGGCAAGCAUCUGGUUGACACUGAAGCCGCUCGUCAAAGGUUCCGGCAUUUCCAGUAUGAGGAGUCAUCUGGUCCACAGAAGGCCGUGAUCCGGCUUCGUGAGCUGUGUCACCAGUGGCUACAGCCUGAGGUACACUCAAAGGAACAGAUUAUGGAGUUGCUGGUGCUGGAGCAGUUUCUGGGUACACUACCUGAGAAGCUCCGAUUAUGGGUGGAGUCACAGCAUCCAGAGGACUGUCAGGCAGCAGUGGCCCUGGUGGAAGGUGUAACCUCAGGAUCUAUGGAGGAUGCAUUGCAUAUCUUUUCUGUGGCCAGUAUUCAACAGGAGGGGAAGGAGGACAUGGACAUUCCGGUGAUGGUGCUACCUGAGGAGCCAGUGACCUUCCAGGAUGUGGCUGUGGACUUCAGUAAGGAGGAGUGGACGUUGCUAGGCCCAUCACAGAGGACCGCAUACCAUGAUGUGAUGCUGGAGACCUUAGACAACCUAGUCUCUGUGGGAUGGCAGACUACACUGGGAAGCAAAGAAUUAACUCCAGGUUCAACAAUGUCAGCAGUAGAACCAGUUCAUGAUGUGCAAGUGCAGGAAUGCUCAAGGAGUGGUACCCAUUCCUCUGUCGUAGAAGGUGUCUUUCAAGGGGGAGUUCAAGAAGUCAUAGGCACAGAAUUGGAACAAAUGGAGCUUGUGCAAGAAACAGAAAUCACUCAGAACCAGCUCUCUGAAAGCUCCAAAUCCCAGGGAAAAAUUAGUCUUCAUACAAGCCAAGGUUCACUCCAGAAUGUUCCUCCUAGAAAACACUUGCACACACCUGGCUCAGAGAUUAAAAGUCUAACUCAUGGGUUACAUGUAAAAAUUGACCAGAUGUUCUGUGAUGGGGGAAAUGCCACAGACAGCAUAAGUUCCAUGACACAGGGUUCACCUGUAAAAACUCCCCAGAAGGGCUGUGAAGUGGAGAAAGCCAGAGACGGCAGUAAUUCCAUGACACGUCAUUCACCUAUGAAAACUUCCCAGAAGGGCUAUGAAGUGGGAAAAGCCAGGGGCAGUAGAAAUUCUAUGGCACAGGGUUCACUUGUAAAAACUCCCCAGAAGGGCUGUGAAGUAGAAAAAGCCAGAGACAGUAAUUGCAUGACACAUCAUUCACCUAUGAAAACUUCCCAGAAGGGUUGUGAAGUGGGGAACGCCAGAGGCAGUAAUUGCAUGACACAAGGUUCACCUGUAAAAACUCCCCAGAAAGGUUUUGAAGUGGAGAAAGCCAGGGGCAGCAGUAACUCCAUGACACAGGGUUCACCUGUGAAAACUCCCCAGAGGGGCUGUGAAGUGAAGAAAGCUGGGGCCAGCAGUAACUCCAUGAAACAUGGCUCCCAUCUUAGAAUUCACCAGAAGGACUCUGAACGGGGAAAGACCAGGAAUAGCAGCAGUUCCGUAAAACACAGUUCACCUGUCAGAAUUCUCCAAAAGGUCUCUGAAGGGGAAAAGGACAGGGACAGCAGCAGAUCCAUGAAACAGAGAUCACAUAUCAGAAUUCUCCAAAAGGUCUCUGAAGUGGAAAGGGUCAGAGAAAGUAGCACUUCUGUGAAACGCACUUCACUUGUCAAAAUUCACCAGAAGGACUCUGAAGUGAGAAAGGCUAGGGACAGCAGCAGAUCUGUGAAAUACAGUUCACAUGUCAGAAUUCACCAGAAGGACUCUGGAGGGGGAAAGGACAGGGACAGCAACAGUUCCAUGAAAUACGGUUCACUUGUCAGAAUUUUCCAGAAGGACUCUGAAGGGGCAAAGGACAGGGACAGCAGCAGUUCUGUGAAACACAGUUCACAUGUCAGAAUUUUCCAGAAGGACUCUGAAGGGGCCAAGGACAGGGACAGCAGCAGUUCUGUGAAACACAGUUCACAUGUCAGAAUUUUCCAGAAGGACUCUGAAGGGGCCAAGGACAGGGACAGCAGCAGUUCUGUGAAACACAGUUCACUUCUCAGAAUUCACCAGGACUCUGAAGGGGGAAAGGACAGGGAGAACAGCAGUUCUAUGAAACACAGUUCACAUGUCAGAAUUCACCAGAAGGACUCUGAUGGGGGAAAAGCCAAGAAAAGCAGCAGUUGUAGGAAGGGCAGCCGGCAUGCUCAGCAAAUUACUUUUAUAAGAAUUCACAAGGGGAGUCAAAUUUGCAGAUGCAGUGAAUGUGGUAAAAUAUUCCGGAAUCCAAGAUACUUUUCUGUCCAUAAAAAGAUUCACACAGGAGAGAGGCCCUAUGUGUGUCAAGCCUGUGGAAAAGCAUUUGUUCAGAGCUCUUCCCUCACACAGCAUCAGAGAAUUCAUAGUGGAGAAAGACCAUUUGAGUGUCCAGAGUGUGGGAGGACCUUCAAUGACCGCUCAGCCAUUUCUCAGCACCUGAGGACUCAUACUGGAGCUAAGCCUUAUGAGUGUCAGGACUGUGGGAAAGCCUUCCGCCAGAGCUCCCACCUCAUCAGGCAUCAGAGAACUCACACUGGGGAGCGCCCAUAUGUGUGCAACAAGUGUGGAAAAGCUUUCACCCAGAGCUCACACCUUAUUGGGCAUCAGAAAACACACACUAAGAUGAACCACAAUGAGCAUCCGCCUUGGGAUGAAACUCUGGAGGAUUGACUGACAGAGCUUAGAGGGUAAUCCCCCAUCAACGGGUAGCUCAGCACUCAGUAGACAGAGUGAGCAGGAGAUUACCAAUGAAUUAACUUACUAAUUUUAUUUAGUUGGAUAUUUAGCCAAGCAUAAUUGUUUUUUAAAUCAAGGAAGGGCUGGAGAGAUGGCUUAGCAGUUAAGGCACUUGCCUAUGAAGCCUAAGAACCCAGGUUCGAUUCCCUAGUACCCACAUAAGCCAGUUGCACAUGGUGGCAUAUAUGUCUGGGUUCAUCUGCGAUGGCUAGAGGUCCUAGUGCAAAUAAGUAAAAUAAAAAUUGAUGAAAUUUUCAACUCAUAAGUGUUGAAAAGCCAGUAUAGGGUGGUAAGAUCUAUAUACCAUUUUUUUAAAUAAACUUUUGCUGAGGUCGUACCUCAGUGUUAGAAUGAUAUGCACUGAUAAUUAUAUUCAGGGUAAAGUAUUUAUGUAUGUGUAUGGGC